AUGAAGACCUUCACCCUCUCCUGCCUCAUGGCAGCAGCCUCUCUCCAGGCCGUCUUUGCCCAGGUCUUGAUCGCCCCCGAGACCGACAUGAACUCGACCGUUAUCCCUGACACCAACACCACCACCACCACCACCACCACUGCCGCAGCAUCCCGUCUCGCUGCCGCCCCUACCCCCACUAUUUUGAACAGUGUCCAGGUCUUGGUCGACAACAACCUGGAGGUCGGUGGUGCUAACUUCCCCUUCAUCUACCUCACUGAGCAGCGCGUCGCUUUCUUCGGCGCUGCCUCCUGCAGUAAGCUCGGUGAGCUCCUCUACGCUGCCCAGAGUCGCUCCUUGCCCGCCGUCCAGAAGAUGUUGAAUCAGGUCGCCCCUAGCGUCAGCGAGUUCUGGAUUGACACCGGUGCCAGCGACUCUCGCCACGUCACCAGUUGUGACACUUUGGUCAUGAAGGAUGGCAAGGCCACCAUCAAGACCGGUGGCUCUUGCUUGCGUCUCCUCCCCUCGCUCUGCUCGAACAUCAACGUCUCGGGUAAGGUCACCGUCCAGACCAGCCUCGGUCGUGUCACUGGUGCUCGUGAUGCCAUGGGUUUCCGUUUCCAGGGUAUCCGUUACGCCCAAGCUCCCGUCGGCAACUUGCGUUUCGCUGCCCCUGUCCCUGUCACCACCAAGUGGCUCAGCGCUGUCGAUGCCACCACUGCCGGCAACAAGUGCCCCCAGUUGGGCGAUGUUCCCGGUGGUAACGAGGACUGCUUGUUUUUGAACGUCUUCACCCCCAUUCUCAAUGCUGAGGAAAAGAACCUCUUGCCCGUUAUCCUGCACGGAGGUUCCUUCACCACUGGUACCGGCUCCGACCCCGCUUUCAACCCCGCCAACAUGGCCUCCCGUGGCCAGGUUGUCGUUGUCACCAUCAACUACCGUCUCGGUCUCCUCGGUUUCUUGGAGCGUGUCGAUGCAGGUAUCAGCCGCUCGACUCUCCCCGGAAACCAGGGUGUCCGUGAUAUGCUCGUUGCCUUGAAGUGGGUCCAGGACAACAUUGCCAGCUUCGGUGGUGACAAGUCCAAGGUCACCGUCUUUGGUGAGUCUGCUGGUGGUCACGCCGUCCGCACGCUUUUGUCUAUGCCUGUUGCCGCCAAGGGUCUUUUCCGCGCUGCCAUUGCCCAGUCCGACCCCAUCGAUCUUCCCUUCAACAACGUCAAGACUGCUUCCACUGUUGUCGGCGGUGGUGCUAUGACUCUCCUUAACUGUGCCGAUCUUGCCUGCAUGCGCUCCAAGACCGUCGAUGAGCUCUUGGCUGCCCAGAACACCAUUGUUUCCCAGGCCAUUGCCCAUGCCCCUGAGGAGUCCUUCCUCGAGUUGAUCAAGCCCGCCGUGGACGGUAUCCUCAUCUUCAACAACUUUGACCAAUUGAUUGCUGGCAAGAACGGUGGCUUCGUCAAGGUCCCAAUGAUAAUCGGAACCAUGAAGAACGAGGCCAACGGUUUCCUCCCCAGCUUGGGUCAGUCCACCCCCAUGCCUGCCACUGUCAUGGGCGCCACUUUGGCCACCAUUCUCGGCUACCAGCGCGCCAUGAUCACCAUUGGCUACGGCUUGUACCCCAUCGAUGGCUCCAACCCCGAUGGUACCCGCGAGGCUGAGGGUCUCUUUUCCUCUGACUACCUCUGGGUUUGCCCCACUCAGUUCAUUGCCAAGGCCUACGCUGCUACCAACACCCCCGUCUACCAGUACCAGUUCCAGCGCGGUUACAACCCCAACCGUCCCGCCGACGAUAUCUGCGCCACCCACGUUUGCCACGGUGACGAUGUUGCCCUUGUCUUUGCCAGCCCUUCGCUCAUGAACAACGCCACGACCUACCCCUGGACCGCUGCCGAUGCUGCCCUCUCCAGAACCGUCAUGGACCGCUGGACCGCCUUUGCCGUCAGUGGCGGCAACCCCAACCCUGCUGGCGACAGCAGCCCUGCCUGGCCCCAGUACGAUGGCAGCGCCCAGAGCAUCUACAUGUUCGACACCACUAACACUGUCUCGACUGGCGGUAUCCGUCCCCAGUUCUGUGGAUUCAUGGACCAGGCCCUCCACUACGACUUCCAGCUCUAA